CCGUUAAGCCCCGCCCACCCCCUCUCCCAGCGGCGGCACCGAGAGCCCGAGCGGCGGCACCGGCACCGGCACCGGCAGCGACCGCGGCCGCCAUGGCCGAGUACCGCAGUCUGCUGGAGGAGCUGGCCCAGAACAUCACGGCUGAGGACCUGGAGCAGCUCAAGUCUGCGUGUCGCGAGGACAUCCCCAGCGGGGAGGGUGACGCCAUCGCCACCGGCCACCACUGGUUCGCCUUCCUGGAGCGCCACAGCAAGCUGGACCGAGACAACCUGUCCUACAUCGAGCACAUCUUCGAGAUCUCGCGCCGGCCGGACCUGCUGACCAAGGUGGUGCAGUACCGCACGCAGGUGCUCAAGAUCUCCGAGGAGGACGAGGUGGACACCAAGCUCACCCGCAUCCCCAGCGCCAAGAAGUACAAGGACAUCAUCCGGCAGCCCUCGGAGGAGGAGAUCAUCAAACUGGCCCCCCCCCCGAAAAAGGCCUGAGCGGCUCCAGGACCCCCCCCCGCCCCCCCCCCAGAGCCCCCUCCCCACUCUGCACCCCUGGGGGGGGGGAGGGGCUGAACCCCCCCCCACCCCUCUCAAAAUGGGGGAGGGGGGGAAUUGGGGUGGGGGGGGGUGAAAUUCCCAUGGGACCCCCACCCCAAAAAAGGCCUCGAUUUGAGGGGGGGGGAAGGAGGGAUGGGGACCCCCCCUCAUUGUGGGUAAGUUGAGGGGGGGGCAUAAAAAUGGGACCACCCCCCCAAAAAAUUCCAAUUUAGGGGGGUUAAAAUUAUUGGGACCCCCCCCCAUUGGGGUCACAGGGAACCCCCAACCCAAUUUAGGGGGGUUAAAAUUAUUGGGACCCCCCCACAUUAAAUUUUGGGGUCACAGGGACCACCCAAUGCCAAUUUAGGGGGUUAAAAUUAUUGGGACCCCCCCCAUUGGGGUCACAGGGAACCCCCAACCCAAUUUAGGGGGGUUAAAAUUAUUGGGACCCCCCCCAAUUAAAUUUUGGGGUCACAGGGACCACCCAAUCCCAAUUGGGGGGGUUAAAAUUAUUAGGACCCCCCCCCAAUUAAAUUUUGGGGUCACAGGGACAACCCAAUGCAAUUUGGGGGGGUUAAAAUUAUUGGGACCCCCCCCAAUUAAAUUUUGGGGUCACAGGGACCACCCAAUCCCAAUUGGGGGGGUUAAAAUUAUUAGGACCCCCCCCAAUUAAAUUUUGGGGUCACAGGGACAAC